ACCAUUGUGUCCUUCCAGGUGUCAAUUAAAGAGGAGGACUGGAUCGUAGUGACCCUGGAGCCAUCUGACCUGCGGGAGAACGUGACGGGGUAUGCUGCCCGGGUGAUGGGCGAGCCCCGAACUCACCUGCUACCAUUCCUGAACCUGACCGACCCCACCGCGACACCUCUGGUCUUUAACUCCUCCCACCACGGACUCUGCUACACCGUUAGCCUGCUGCUCAGACAGGGGAAGACCUGGUCCAAGUCCAUCCAGACUAUAUCUGUUCUCACCAAGCCGCGUCCGGUGGACAGUGUGGUGAUCACAGACUACCCAGAGGCUCCAGAGACAGGUGUGGUGUUUGAGAUCAGCUCCCCAGAGAACAACGUCUUCAGUCGGGUCAACAUCAGCUACGCAGAGGGCCAGGAGCAGAGGUCCAUGCUCUAUAAAGACUUCUAUAAGGGAAAGACUGUGUUUAAACACUGGCUCCCUGGGACGUGUUACAGCAACAUCUCCUUCCAGCUGAUCUCUGAAGCUACAGUCAACAGAACCACACUGGUCCGAUGCAGCGACCUGACCCAUGAACCCCGGCAACACAGGACAGAUCGUACCACUCAGCCAGAGGGUGCUACCAGGUGGGGUCCCUAUCUCCGAGGUGACCCAGGACACGCCCGGCGGGCGCGGGAUGUCCCCCUCAUAGAGGAACAGGAAUUACAGGAGAACCAGGAGAUACAGGAAGUGAUCUCAGAGGAGGUGGUGGGCGGAACCACCCAGUCCCUCCCUACGGAUGGAGAGGAGGAGUUUGUGAACGCGGUGGUUCCAGAGUAUGAGGACUCCAAUGAGCCGGGCUCUGCCAUGAGCCUGCCCCCAGAGAUCUCCGUCACCCCCACCCGCUUUCCCCCAUACUGCUGGAGCUACGCUGGCUACCCCGCGACCCCCCACCACAUACGAUGGGUUCAACGUCUACAUCUACAGAGACGGUAA